AUGAAGAAAGAAAUCACCUCCAUAAUGAACAAAAACCAUCAUGAAAACAACCAUGAAAACGGUCAAAGCAACAACAAAACCAAACGCCGAGUCCACUUCAGCGCUGAUGAGAACGAUUCUCGGUCCGCCCCACACGAAGAACUGACGUUGGAAAUGAUUGACGACAUGUGGUACACACCCCAACACAUUGAUCAUUUCAAACAAAGCGUCAAGUACAUUAUUUACAUUAUCUUGAACAAGGAAAAGCAAUCCGAGGACGAGCAUGCAGAAACAGAAACCUCAGGUCUCGAACGAUACCGACCGCAACGAAGCGAAUACAAACGAUCCGCCUUGUUUUACACACUUCAUGCGCAGUCGAAAGACCGCAAUCCUGAAUUCAUUCGAGCGGUAGCCCGACGUUGCACAGCCUGGGCCCGUUCCAUUGCGACCGAACAAGGAUUUGAAGAUUAUUGCGACGUUUAUGAUGAUCCACUCGAUCGUCUCUUGGCCGAUUCCAAUGUUUCCGCGACGUUACUGGAAGAUUAUAUUGAAAGCAAUGAUACUACUGAAAAGAGAAGGUUACGACCAGUCGAAGACGACGACCACGAGUCAGCACCUGCCGAAAGUAAGAGACAACGAUUGUCCUAA